AUGGAGCUAAAUAAUGGAUAUAUUCAGAAAUCGGAUGAUGAAGAUAGGCUCAGCAUGCUGACUGAUGAUGUAUUACUCUCAAUUCUGGAGAGAGUUGACAUAACUACGGCCACAAGGACAAGCGUCUUAUCCACGCGGUGGAAACACCUGCCGUGGUUGUUCCGUGAGCUCACAAUUGAUGUCAGGGAAUUCCUAUCUGUUCCUCCCCCAAACCCCAUUGAAGUUGGGCAUAUGGAUGAAGCAAUGGCUUCCCUGACCAAAGCAGCCACUAGCUUCUGGGCUACUACCCGGGCGAAGCCACCAUCACAAGGCUGCAGCUCAAGCUCUAUCUGGUCAACACUUACUCGGAUGUCAUUGGCCCUCUAUUGCAGCAUCUCUCCCUCUGCAACUGUGAUGCAGGGGGCUCUCGCCUUGGAAGAUACAAGCACCGGAUUCAAGCUUAGUCUUCUUGAACUUGACUUCUGCUGCUUGGGGAAGCUUGAGGUGCUCUGUCUUCCAAAACUAGAGAAGCUUCGUUGGGAUAUUUGGAUGUUUCCAUUAACACCCCUGUCAUUUGGUGUUGCCCCAUUCCUUAAGGAAUUGAACGUCAUAUGUGGUGCGUCAGUUCAUCAUCAAGGGUUUGAUUUGAGUAAGGUUCUGAGGAUACAACAGCUAUACAUAACAUUAAAUUUCAGAGGAGAAAAGCUUUGGAUAAAACCGGAAGGGAAGCUGCUCUGCGCUGCAUUCAAGAAGCUAAGGAAGUUAUCUCUACAUGGUAUUUUUGUUGAAUUCGAUUUGUUAUGGAUGAUGGUUCUCCUUGAAGGCGCGCCAUCAGUUGAGAUAUUUGAUAUUGAGAUAUGGGAACAUCCAUGCGUAGUAGACACAGAAGGUAGAAGGAAAACUUAUGGUGAAAGAACAAAUCCAUCAUGGAACAUAGCUGAGUUCAAAAGCUGUAAGGAAUGGCUAUUGAAAGAGGUGCAGGUUACUGGCUUUAGCCCAAUGGAGCAACAAUUAGCACUUUUAAGGGCUGUGAUGCAGCGAGCUUCCAACCUACAAACCAUUGUCCUAAAACAUUACCAGCCUUGUGAUUACUGUGACGAGAUAGGUGCACUUCCUCGUUGUGAAAGAUUACCACCAGAACGGGUGUUUCCAAAGGGAAAGGGCGGAGCAGGACGCUGCAGUUGA